ACGUUACGUUCAUUUAGGCUCAACUUCAUGCUUGCGCACUCUGGCUGUGUCCCAAAACACAGCGAGCUGCCCAAGUUACCUAGACGGCAUCACAGACGAGCGCAGCCUUUCUGAGACACAACCCGCAAUGUUCAUUCAUCUUUUCGAAAAGAUAUAUUUUUCUUCACAUAUGCUUACGUGUAUUUCCUCAUCGAUUUCCCGCUCUCGAUCAAUUGUUUUUUUCCUUAAUCGCGUGUAAUUCCUUUUAAAUCACUUAUUUCGUGAAGUGAGUUGAUUUUUGUAGUGAUUCGCGCUGAUGUUGAGAUUUAACGGGCAGUGGUUUACACCUGAGCGCGCGGUCAUGGGGCGCAGGUGAGAUGGAUGUGAAAUACGCGCUCGAGCGCGUCGCGCGGAUUGGAUGAGGGUCCAGCCGGUUUGCUUUAACGAUUUACGGUGACGCGCGGAGGGGCCCAUUAAAUCAUCUCCCGGUCCCCACUGACACGAGAGAGAGAGAGAGAGAGAGAGAGAGAGAGGGAGAGAGAGCUAGCGAUUAACGCCUGUCUAAACCGGACCUAAAAGAGAACCGAACCUGCGCCGGGAUUAUAUUAUUUGAUCAGAUCUGUGGCCCUCUGCGGCCCCUCUUCAGCUCGGUGUCUCUCUCUGGACCCCCAUAGAAUUCAUCACUCACUUAAAAUCCGAUUUAUAACCACCCAGGGACAAUGAUUCUUCUGGUCUUCACGUUUUUCUGUGUUUGCGUUUUAAGGAUGGGGGGCUUCUCCGUAUCUGCCACUCAGACGGCGCUGCAGUCAGACGUGCCGUGUUAUGACUGGGGUGUGUGGAGUGUCGGUUCGGUGCGUGUGUAUGACGGUGAGGUGGCGCCGCUUUACUGUCCUCUCUUCUCUCAUCCGACGCUCUACAGCUACAGUCAGACUCAGAACAGCAGUCUUUCUCUACUGUGGUACAGACACAAAAACACACACGAUCUGGAACAACCCAUCAACCUAAAGCUACGCACACUGCACAAAGACAGAGAAUACCUCUGGAUCCAACCGGCCACAGUGGAGGAUGCUGGACUGUACAUCUGUAUGCUACGGAACAUUUCGACGUGUGUGAAGAUCGGUGUGCAGCUGGAGGUCAUUCAGCGGGACGGAGACUGUGACAUCGGAGCUCGGCCUCAUUUAAACCUGUCUGUCCCAAUCCAGAGCGAUCGAACCCUCAGCUGUCCCGACCUGCACACGCUCACACUGCCAAACAGCACAUACUCUGUCACCUGGUACCACAUGUGCAGCGCUGUUGUGUUUUCAUCUCUAUCAUCACUUGAGGUGAAGGGAGAUGAUGUUGUAAUCCACCUGAUGAUGGAGGCUUUUGCGGGUCUCUACACGUGUGUGGUUUCAUAUCAGAUGAACGGACGCAAGCUCAAUUUCACACGCACAAUAAACAUCAAAGCUAUUGUUCCCAAUGUUGGUAGUAAAGUUCCUGUGAUUCUAAACCCUGCAAAAGAUCAGAUUUACUCUGUGACUGUGGGGAAAAGGGCGAAACUGUUCUGUCAGACGCAUCUCCCGUACCUGGAUCAAGACAAACCGGAAGUUUGGUGGACCAUUGAUGGGAAAACCGUGGAACAACUCGGCGACCCACGGUUCAGCUCACCUGAGGCCACGGUUGUAUCAGAAUAUCACGGGGAUGAAACCAAAGAGCGGCUCCUGUUCGUGGAUGAUUUCUCCUCUGAUGACCUGCUGAGGGAGUUGAGCUGCUCGGCUAGAAACAGUAAAGGGUUCAACAGCAGCAGAGCUGAACUCAAAUUAGAAGAGUAUGUGCCCACAAUCGAGUUAGGCUGUGGAUUGGGUGUGACUCUUGCUCUCAUGUUGAUGAUGUUUGUCAUCUAUCACGUGUUCUGGCUGGAGCUUCUGUUGGUCUAUCGCUCCUGGUUCGGCUCUGAUGAGAGAUACACAGACGACAAGCAGUACGACGUGUACAUCUCAUAUGCACGAAACAGCGAAGAAGAGGAGUUUGUGCUGUCGACACUGCGUCGGGUUCUAGAGACCGAGUUCGGUUACUCCGUGUGCGUUUUCGACAGAGACAGUCUCCCUGGAGGAACUAUAACAGACGAUACGCUGAGGUUUGUGGGUCUGAGUCGCAGGCUGGUGGUUGUUGUGAGUCCGUGCAGCGCAGUGCGCGGGACUCAGGCCCUGUUAGAGCUGCAGGCCGGUCUGACCAGCAUGAUUCAGGGCGGCAGUCUCAGGGUGGUUCUGAUCCAGUUCAAACCGGUCCGGAGGCAGAGCUGGGUAAAAGAGCUCCGUCGGGCCCGUCUGGCGCUGACGCUCAUACGGUGGAAGGGAGAGAAAUCGGCUCCCGUUUCCUCACGGUUCUGGAAAGAACUACAGCUGGAACUGCCUAUAAGACGACACACACAACACACAGCACUGACAAAGAACACAGACACACAACUCACAGACAAGAACUCAAACAUACCCAUCAUGCACACGGAAAACACAUAUACCGGAAAACAGAAACUGAAAGAUUCUUGCUCUUCAUGUGCUGUGUAGUACACAAUUGCCUUCAUAAAGGAACAUUAUUUAAUACGCAGUUUUUUUAUUUAUAUGUACAUAAAAGGUUUAAAGGCUUAUUCUACCGUAUGUUGCUAUGCAACAAAAAUAUCCAUCAGCUAUUAGUGCUGUGCAGAGAUGCAAUUGUAGUUCGGUGAGGUUAUAUUUAUCAUAAACUACAACUAUCAUCCAAUCAGCAUCCAGCGCUAUCCGUUUAAAAAACAGUAUUGUGGAAUGGUGCUUUCAAAUGUCAUGUUGUAUUUUAUAUAUUUUGGGACAGAUCGUCGUGUCAUUCAUUCAUGUUUCAUCUUCAUAUUUUAUCUUUGCAUGUUUGUUUUGAAUUUAUGUUGUUGUUUUGAAUGAUCAUGUCAUGUCCAGUAUGCUCUGUGAACAUAUUUACAUGAUAAAUAAAUGUUUUAAUUUUGUACAA